AUGAGUGCUCUAUGUUACCUCACGAGAGUAGAAUCAUUCUCCGCCUGUCAUCGCCUUCAUUCACAACAUCUUAGUGAUGAAGAAAAUGUUAAAAUGUUUCAAAAAUGUAAUAAUCCUAUGGGACAUGGUCAUAAUUACAAACUGGAGAUCACAGUUUCAGGACCUAUUGAUCAAAGAACCGGUAUGGUUAUGAACAUAAGUGACUUAAAAUCAGUUAUUCAAAAACAUGUUCUUGACCUAUUAGAUCAUAAAAAUAUCGAUGAAGAUGUUGAAUAUUUUAAAAAGAAUAGUAUUGUAUCAACUACGGAAAACCUAGCAGUUUUUGUAUGGUCACAAUUAGUCAAUGCUGUCCCUAAUAAUUUACUUUAUGAAGUUAAAAUAUGGGAAACUGAAAAGAAUAUCGUAACUUACAGAGGUGAAAAGAUAAAUCACAAAUAA